AUGUUAGUACCGGUUUUUUCUUUACAAUUAAAUCAUAAAGUUUUCCCUCGAACGGUUGCCGUGGGUAAAUUCAACGGCAAAACGUCAUGUCUCGUUGGUGCAACUGCUGGAAACAAAGUUUUUAUUCAUUCUCCACAAGACAAUAAUCCUCAAGCACAACAAUUGGAAGGCAAUGUUUCGCUUUUAAAUGUAAAUCAAGUUGUUACAAGUUUAGCAUGUGGUCAACUGGACGAUCAAUUGAAAAAAGAUUUGCUCGUUGUUGGAACAAGUAGCAACAUAACUGCAUAUGAUAUCGAUCGUAAUGUCGAUUUAUUCUUUAAAGAAACUCCAGAUGGUGCAAACGCCAUAACUAUCGGUAAAUGGGGUGAAUUACCCGAACAAUUAGCGAUUGUAGGUGGAAAUUGUUCAAUUCAUGGUUUUAAUAAAAAAAGUGAGGAUGUUUUAUGGACAGUUACGGGCGAUAAUGUUUCAUCACUGGCAUUACUUGAUUUCAAUGGUGAUGGUUAUAAUGAACUUGUUGUCGGCUCAGAGGAUUAUGAUAUUCGAGUAUUUCGAGAAGAUCAAUUGAUAGCAGAUAUGCAAGAAACAGAAACAAUUGUGUCAAUAUGUCCAUUAAUUGGUGCACGAUUUGGAUAUGCAUUAGGAAAUGGGACUGUUGGCAUUUAUGAACGAACGAAUCGAAAUUGGCGUAUUAAAUCACGAAAUUCUGCGGUUGUGCUACAAGCAUACGAUGUUGAUGGUGAUGGUGUCGAUGAAUUAGUCACUGGAUGGAGUAGUGGCAAAGUUGAUAUUCGAAGUGAUCGUAAUGGAGAUGUCAUUUUCAAAGAUAGUCUCAAUUCAUCGGUAGCUGGAAUUGUCAAAGCAGAUUACCGAGUACCGGGAGAAAAUUUAUUGAUCUGUUGUUCGAAUGAAGGUGAAGUUCGAGGAUUUAAAUUCUCGGCACAGGACAGUAAUGCAGCUGCAGCUAAUCUAUACAAAGAUCGACAAGAAGCAAUUCGAGAUCUAGCUCAGAAGAAACAGGCACUGUUACUGGAACUUCAAACUCUCGAAGAGGCCGCAAAAAAAGCUAAAGAUUCAAGUAGUACUAACAACCGAGCAGUGACAUUAGAUUCCGAAGCUGAUAUUCCGGCAAAUACAGAAAUACAAACAAUAUUAACAGUCGAGAGAAGUCGAAGUGAUUUUCCAGCACAUAUUGCAAUAAAAAUGAAAACAUCCAAUCACACCGUUAUAAGAGUCGUCACACUUUUUGCUGAAGGUUUAUUCAAAGGCGAAUGUUUUGUUGUCCAUCCGGCUGCGAAUCAAGUCCGAGAAAACAUCGUUGUACCAAUCAUACCGCCUCGUGAUGCGUCGGUAGAUUUACAUCUUCAAGUUUUUGUUGGAUUGAAAUCAAGUACUCUCUACCAUGUUUUUGAAUUGGCUCGGCCAUUACCAAUUUUCUCAAUGUAUCUAUUGGUUGAAAACUCAACUGAUCAUGAGCCGAAAGGUUUCGUUAAUUUCACGAUCAAUGAACGUAUUCCACGAAUUCUCGUUUGGAUCAAUCAUCAUUUCCUUCUUUCGGAAGAAUAUGCACCCAACACACCAAGCUUGUACGUUACAUUUCUGGCCGUUCGAACAGACACAAAGUUAGUUAUUAAAAUGCAAAACACCGGACAGAUGCUGAUUCAAACCGAUGAUAUGGAAUUGGCUGGAAAUAUUAUUCAAUCCUUAGGCAAAUUUUUGAAUAUUGAUGCAUUACAAACAACAUGUGAUUUUCCACAAGAACUUGACAUGCUGCAGAGAAUAUUUUCUCAAAUUGAAGAGUAUCAAGCGGCUCGACAACGAAUUUCGUCGGAUAUGGCCGAACAUGCGAAUAUUAUUCGAAGCUUUUUAAUUCGUGCUGAAGACGCACGGUUAAUUGGUGACAUAUCGGUUAUGAAACGACAUUAUAUCGAUUUAUUAAACUUGAAUCGCGAUUUAAUCAAUGGAUACAAGAUUCGCUGUACAAAUCAUGAGGAGCUAAUGAAGAACUUACGAUAUCUGAACCAAAUGGUGCAAAAGGCAGGCAAUUUGCGAAUUGGAAAGUUUAAAACAACAACUGUGAAUCAAUGUCGUGCAGCAAUCAAAUCAAAUAAUACUCAAUUAUUGAUGAAAUCUAUCAAAACAGGCAGUGCCUAG